AUGGACAAAGACCCUCCUGACCUUGAGACGGCCUUACAAUUGGUAAAGGCUGCACUCAAUAAUCAGAGAUUAAUCUUAGGCGCUAAGAAGCCGGAGGUGAGGAAGGUUCGUUUUGAAGAGGAUGACCUUGAUAGUGACUUGGGCUUGUUGAAUGAAUUUGAAGUUAGACCAAUACGACCCCAAAGCAGAGUAGACAAACUUUCAGAAGAAAUAGCUGAACUCAAAAGUGGGCUGGAGGCGACCAACGCUAAAGUGGAUAAAAUCAUUAACCUAAUGAAUAAACAACUUUCCACAAGGUCACAGUCUCCACCACGGAAAACAGACAGUACUUCUAGUUCUGUUUCCAGCUCUUCACCACUCAAAGCAGCACAGUGCUUCAAUUGUGGACAACCAGGUCACUUUGCUAGAGAAUGCCAAAGGUCACACAGGUCCCGUUCCCCAUCCCCUAGAUCACCGAAGAGAGAAACCAGGACUAGUCCAACCAGUUACGACAUACGAAUGUAUGACAACAGUCAAACACAUCCAUACAACUUGAUGCUAGGGAUCUCUAUUAAUGGAAAACCUGUUCAAGCUAUUGUCGACACGGCAGCCCAGAUAACAGUUAUCAGCCAAGCUUUCGCCAACACUUUCACCCCACCCUUAGUUCGUGGAGAAAAAGUAACCAUGAAGGGUGCAGGAAAUUCUGACUUUAUUGAGGCUAACUACUGUAAAAACAUUCAGAUUUGUAUUGGGAACACACAAGAAGACCCAAUCACCUGGACUGCCCUUAUAGCUGACAUAUCUGAUCCCGUCAUAUUAGGUCUGGAUUUUCUAAAGGCACAAAACGCUACCAUUGACCUUAAUGAAAUACAGAUAGUCCUUGGUGGCAAACGGAUAAAUGCAACUCUACUAGAUGCAGGAGUUGAUAACAGUGAUCAAGUGCCAGUCCUCUUGCGCAACUUGUCAACAAGACCAGUUAAACUUCAGAAAAAUGUAGUGAUUGGGACUGUUUCUGAAGUGGACCAAGUCGCCAAUGGUGGAAUACUACAAGACCACAGCAAGACGAAUGAAUGUUUUCCUGUCGAAUUACCAGACCACUUGAUAGACCUAGCAGAUAGAUCAACAAGAGAUCUAACCUCAGAGCAAAGUCAAAGUGUUAAACACCUUCUUCUGGAAUUCCAAGACAUUUUUUCUAAAGGAGACUUUGACUUGGGACUGUUCAAAGGGAUCCAACACAAGAUAAACACUGGCAAUGCCCACCCGGUGAAAUCCAAAUUGAGGCGCACACCACUAGGAUUCCAAUCAGAGGAAGAGGAGCAUCUGAAAAGUAUGCUGGACAAAGGUAUCAUCGUUCCAUCAGUUUCUGAGUGGUCGUCAGCACCGGUCCUGGUGCGGAAAAAAGAUGGGACUGUUAGGUAUUGUAUUGAUUUUAGGGGAGUUAAUAAAGUCACCAAGAAAGAUGCUUUCCCACUCCCGAACAUGGAGGAAUGUCUAGACACUCUUGGAAAAAACAACUUUAUGAGCACGCUUGACAUGGCACAGGGAUAUUAUCAGAUAGAGGUAGACCCUGAUGAUAGACACAAGUUGGCAUUCAUCACAAGGUAUGGCCUAUUUGAAUUUGUACGAAUGCCAUUUGGAACAUGCAAUAGCCCUGCAACCUUUCAACGAGUGAUACAGUUAGUUUUACAAGGUCUUAACUGGAAAGAAUGCCUUGCUUACCUAGACGAUGUCAUAGUCUUAGGUCAGAAUUUUGAGGAACAUUUAAUAAAUCUAAGAGCAGUAUUUGAAAGAUUUAGGACCCAUAACCUCAAAUUAAAACCAAAAAAAUGUCAUCUCUUCAGGAAGGAGCUUCAAUUCCUUGGUCGCUUGGUUACAGAAAAAGGGGUCAGCAUCACUACCGAGAGUGUGAAAUGUAUGGCAGAAUGGCCGACACCCAAAUGCAAGAAGGACCUUGAAGCAUUUCUUGGGUAUGUUAACUACCAUAGAGAGCAUAUAAAGAGUUUUGCAGAGAUAGCAGCACCUCUGUACACUCUCACAGGGCCAAAGACCAAGUUUAUCUGGAAUAAAGGGAAGGACACAGCAUUCAUUUCCCUUAAAGAGGCAAUGACUAACCCUGCAGUUCUUGGAUAUCCCUCUGAUGAUGGCAUGUUCAUAUUGGACACGGAUGCUUCGGACAUGGCUAUUGGAGCAGAGCUGUCCCAGAUUCAGUGUGGUAAGGAAGUCUUAAUCAGUUUUAACAGCAAGACCUUGACAUCUACUCAACGGAAGUACUGCGUUACUAGGAGGGAGUUGCUAGCUGUUGUAGCAUUUACUCGUCACUACCGAUAUUUUCUACUGGGCAGACCUUUCAUUUUGCGGACAGACCACAACAGUCUGGCAUGGUUAAUUGGGUUCAAAAAUAUUGAGGGGCAACUAGCUCGCUGGCUAGAAGAGUUAUCACAAUAUGAUGUUACCAUCCAGCACAGAAGUGGAAAGAAACACCAGAACGCUGAUGGCCUCUCCAGAAUGUCAACAAAUGCCCUGUCCUGUGACUGUUACAAUGCUGGUUGUGAUGUCAGUAGGCUACCUUGUGGGGGCUGUAGUUACUGUCGACGGAUGCAUGCUCAAUGGGAACGCUUCCAGGAGGAUGUUGAUGAUGUAAUCCCCCUAGCAGUUAGGACCCUUCAAGAAACUGAUAAACCAAAGGAAACACCUAACACCAUAGACAAGGAUGCAUGUAACUGGGCUUCUGCCUUAACAGAUGAAGAAAUCAGAGAUGCACAAAUGCAAGAUUUAAACACAAGUACCUUAAUGAAAUGGAAGGCAGAAAACUAUGUUCCAACUGAACUGGACCUGUCCCUUUCCAGUAGAGCUGUAAAAUACUUUUGGAACUGCUCAUCGCAACUACGAAUUUUGAAUGGUAUCCUUUUCUAUGAGUGGAUAGAUGGCUCUAUGUCCCGACUAUUGCUUGUGGUCCCAAAGUCACUACAAAAUUGUGUUCUAGAAGGAUCUCAUGACAACAAAUUAGCAGGCCAUAUGGGACAGCAGAAAACCCUACAGAAGGUGAAAUCAAAGUAUAUCUGGUUUGGAAUGAGUUCAGAUUGCGAGUCUUAUGUCCGAACGUGCCCAGUAUGUAAUGUCAACAAGAAAGCCAAUGUACAUGCCAAAGCAGGCCUUGGCCAAUACCAUGCUGGAGCACCCUUAGAAAGAGUGCAUAUUGACCUGAUGGGUCCAUUUGUGGAGUCCGGCAAAGGGAACAAGUACAUUUUAAUGAUAGUCGACCAAUUCACCAAGUGGUUAGAGUGUUACGCACUGCCUGAUCAAGAAGCGGAGACAGUAGCAACAUCAUUUGUGGAAGGUUUUGUAUCUCGAUUGGGGUGCCCUCUCCAGCUUCACUCUGACCAGGGUAGAAAUUUCGAGAGCCGCUUAUUUCAGGAAGUGUGUAAACUACUCCAAAUAACAAAGACGAGAACCACCCCAUACAGACCCUGCUCAAAUGGACAGGUCGAAAGAUACAAUCGUCUUGUUCUCCAAGCCAUCCGAUGUUAUAUGGAAAACAUCUCACAACAGAAAGAUUGGGACCUACACCUCCAACAAAUAGCUGGGGCAGUCCGUGCCACUGUCAAUCGACAAACGGGAUUCACACCAAACAGAAUGAUGCUGGGGAGAGAAGUUUCUCAACCUUUAGAUAUAAUGUUAGGAAGGAAGAUACCAGGGCAAAACCCAGCAGGAUAUGUGGAAAAUUUGGAGGAGGCUCUUUCAGUGUGUCAUCAAGCUGCGAGGGACAACUUGGGGGAAGCACAACUCCGUCAGAAGAGGACCUAUGACAUAAAAUCAAACACAAGAAGCCAUGAGGUGGGUGAUGUGGUAUAUAUGGUGGAUACCUCUUCCAAAGUAGGCCAAUCGAAGAAGUUGAGGAAGCCAUGGAUAGGCCCUUUUGUCAUUGUUUAUAAGAUUAAUCAUGUGCUAUACAGAAUCCAAGGGAAAAAGGAAAACAAGGUGGUCCACCAUGACAGAUUAAAACUUUGUCAAGACAGAGAUCUACCCUUAUGGCUUAAAAGGCUACGACAUUCAGUUCUUCACCCAGAACCCAGUGACAAGGAAUCCAAACAGCAAAAUCAAGUACAGGAGGAAUUACCUCAGUCCAGUUCUUACGAAGAUGAUGCCGUAAGCCCCACAAAUGAAGGACAUGAGGAUGAAUCAUCAGAUGAUCUGGAGAUCUGCGAAAGACCUGCUCGAAAACGACAGGCACCUAAGUGGAUGAAGGAUUUUUGUCUUUUGGACGAUUAA